CUUUCCUCUCCUUUCCCCUCUCGUCUCCCUUAAAUCUCCCCCUUUUUUCUUUGGUCUUUUCGUAGAAUAUGGCCGCAACGACCAAGACGAAGGAUAUCGAUUAUUCUCAGCCUCUCGCCACUCUGUUGAAGGAGGGGACCCGCGAAGCGCACGAUGCCAUCGAGAACAGCCAGGGUGCUAAGCUCUUGCUUAGCGGUACGCUCGCAAAGAGCGAGUAUAUCAAGUUCCUGAUGCUGCUCUGGCAUGUAUACAAUGCAAUGGAACAAGCCCUUGACAAACAUGCUUCACACCCUGCCCUAGAACCAACGUACAACCCUACCCUGCUCGCCCGGACGUCAUCUCUAUCCGCAGACAUCGCUCACCUCCUGGAGGUCGACGAGGAUUCAUGGCAGUCGCAUCCAAUCCACCAAUCUUUGACGACACCCAUGCCAGCCCCUCUCCUCAACUUUAUCGACCGCCUCAACGUCCUCAGCAACGCCGCCGACCCCUCUCCGCUCCUCGCCCACGCUUACGUCCGGUAUCUAGGCGACCUAAGCGGUGGCCAGAACAUGCGGCACAUUUUCGCGAAAUCUUACGGUCUGGACGACUCGGAGGGUCUGGGAAUCUCGUUUUACAUCUUUAAGGAGCUCAAGUCAAGUAAACCUGCUGGGUUGGGAGAGAUGAAGAGGAUAAAGGAGUGGUAUAGGGAGGGCCUAAAUAAAGCUGGGGAAAUCGUUCCUGCCAGUAAACCCGCUAUUGUCGAAGAAGCUUCUCGCGCAUUCAGACUCAAUGCCGGCCUGUUCGACCUAGUCCAAGCCAUUACCCUCGAAGACGAGGCCAAUCUCUCCGACUCGAAGGAAUUGGAAGAAAGCAAAGUGGUGUACGACGCAAGCCAGAGCGACUCGGAAGCAGGAUAUCAAAUGACCUCUUUCCUCGCCGUUGUUGCAGCUGUUUGUUUGGCACAUUUCAUCCUCGUUGUCGGAGGCUUCACAGGCAACGCCGGGUACCAGAAACUACUUGCUGUGGAGGAAUGGCUUUCAAAUAUCUGGUCACAUCAAUCUUCGGCGAGCUCAAAUUGAGUACUGGAUAGCCUGCCUGCUUCACGUCGUCCAUCCAUCUUCACCUUUUUGCGUUUCGUACCUUGAUAGGGGCUUUAAAGCAUCAUGUGUUCUCUCUCAUCCACUCUUCAUCUUUAUCUCCCUCAUUUAACGGUUUACUGCAUCAUAUUUUGUCUAUCUCCAUCCAUCCAUCUGAGCUGUUCACGACUCCGCAACAUUUUCUUGUGUUAUCUCUGCUUUGUAUCAUGUAUCUCGGGGAGGAAUACUCUGCCUUUGUUGUACAUAAAGUACAUUAUCCUGGCAAUUCGAAUGAAAGGUUACUCGUUCAAA